UAUGUUGGUGCACCAUAUGUUUCCAAGUCAACGGUUUUAGUUUGGGGGUGAAUGUUUGAUCAGCAGAUUUUUUGGCAAAACUAAAAUCCCAGCCAAAUGUUCCCCGCCCCGGAGAAGCGACGCCAGCUGCGGCAAACGGCGCUCUGCCGCGAAGUGCAGAGCGCCCGCAAGCAGGACUGCUUCCAGCGGGACCUAAGCCAAAUCCAGCGGAACGGCCAGCUGAGCCAGCAAAAGCGCCAACACACGGCCGUCGUCCUCGAGUGCGAUCUGCAGGCCAAAAAGCGCCAGGAGGAAGCCCUCGAAGAGGAACGCCAACAGCAGCUGGAGGAAGAGCGCGAACUUGCCCUGCAACUGCACGAGGCCAACCGGCGCCGAAUCAACGAGGAAAAGCUGCGCCAACAGCUGCGCGACUCGAACCAGGAACUGCGCGAGCUCGAGUCCAAACUGCGGGCCGCGUACGUCGCCAAAGAAAUCGCCGCCCAAAAGGCGGAACUCGAAGCGCGACGGCUCGAGGAGCAACUCGUCGCCCAACGCGAGCAGGAAGAACUCGAGAAACUGAGGUUGAAAAAUCUAGAAUUCAUCAAACAAUGCCAGGAGGAGGACUGGAAGCAAAAGCUCGAACUGCGCGACACGCUGCACGCCCAGAUGAGGGCCCUGCAGCAGCAGAAGCAGGUCAUGUACGAAGAGUUCCUGCGGGAGAAGACCUUCCUGGACGAAAUAUGCCGCAAGUUGCAGGAAGAGCGCUUCGAGGAGAUCCAGAGGAAGUUGGAGCUGCAGCAGCGGACCCGCCGCGAGAUGGAGUACUUCCGGGAGGCGAAGGAGAUUUGGCAGGAGCGGCAGCGGUUGGCCGUGGCCGAGGAGAACGAGCGCAUCCGGCGGUACCUGGAGGCGAGGGACGCCGAGCAGGAGGUGCAGCACCGGCGCAAGCUGGCGAGUGCCAAGUCCCGGGAGCGGUUGAACGAGAAGAUGGUGGCGGAACUGCAGGCGGAGUUUGACGAGGCCCGCAAGCGAGAGAACCUGCUCCAGGAUCUGUACGCGGCCGAGCUGGACGAGCGGCAGGAGCAGCGGCUGCAGCGUGACCUGGAACAGCAGCUGCGCAAACGCAUCGAGGCCCGGCUCGGCAUCGAGCGCCAGCUGGUGGAAAUCGAGUGCCGCCGGAAGCAGCAGGAAGACGAAGAUCGCCGCUUCAAGGAGGACCAGCUGAAGCUGUGGGCCGAGCGCGACCGGCUCGACCAGAUGGGCAACGAGAAGCGCCGGCUCAAGUUGAUGGAGCACCGGCGGGCGAUCCAGGAACUGCUCGAAGAGCGACGCCAGCGUCGAGCGGACGAGGUCAAGGAGCUGAUGCAGAUGCAGAGCAUGUUCGAGCAGGAGGAGAAGCGGCGCGAGGAGAUUAUCGAGGAGGAGCGCAUUAAGCUGUUGAAGGAGCACGUGACGGCCCUGUUGGGAUUCCUGCCGCCGGGGGUGCUCAGGGAGAGUGACCGGGAGCAUCUGCCGUUGCCGAAGGACAAGUGAAGGUAGGUUGGGGGUAAUUUAUUUGGUAAUAAACUUAUUGACUGAUUUUAUGA